UUGCCGGCCUGAUAGUGGGAUAUAAGCUCUGAUCAUUUUCUUCAAAUACGUAUUAGUAUUUCCAUGGAGUCGGAUCCUAAGAGCCUCCAAGCUGUAAUGGAAGCACCCACUUUGAGCGGCAAGGUUAUUACCGUCUUUCCAAAAGACGACGGCUUCAACAAUUUCAUAAAAUCCGUCAUUCUCAAGAACGAGGUCCAAAACACUAAGCAACCGUUUUAUGUCCUUCAUUUGGGCGCCGUCGCAAACCUCAUGGACCAGUGGGUCCAUUCCCUCCCGGAGGUUCGGCCUUUCUACGCCGUCAAAUGCAAUCCCGACCCGACUUUGCUUGCCGCCAUGGCUGCGCUCGGCUCGGGCUUCGACUGCGGUAGCCGGGCCGAGAUCGAAUCCGUCCUCUCCCUCGGAUCAGUUGGUCCGGACAGAAUCAUCUUCUCCAACCCUUGUAAAAUGGAGUCUCACAUAAAGUACGCCGCAACUGUAGGUGUUAACCUAACAACAUUCGACUCCUUGGAUGAAGUGGAAAAGAUCCGAAAAUGGCACCCCCAAAGCAGCCUUCUCAUCCGGCUUAAGUCCCCGGAAGACGCCCGAGUGCAGCGCCAAGCUUCGGAUUCCAAGUUCGGCGCGCUCCCCGAGGAGGUCGUCCCGCUCCUCCGGGCAGCACAGGCGGCGCAGAUCCCAGUGGUUGGCGUGUCUUUCCAUGUCGGAACCGCCGUAAAAAAUUUUAGGGCUUAUGCCGCCGCCAUAGAGGCUGCCAAGGCGGCCUUCGAGUUGGCUACUCGUCUCGGCAUGCCUCAAAUGCGAGUGUUGAACAUCGGUGGCGGCUUCACGGCCGGCCAAGGCAGCUUCGAGGAAGCGGCUUCAAUGGUUAGAGCCGCUAUACAUACUUAUUUUCCUGACGCGGAGCCAAGGUUGAACCUCAUGGCGGAACCAGGCCGGUUUUUCGCCGAGUCGGCUUUCACAUUGGCCACCAACAUUAUUGGGAAGCGGGUUCGUGGGGAGGCGAGAGAGUAUUGGAUCAACGACGGAAUCCAUGGGUCUUUGGCAGGGGAAGUGGCUUUGGAGUGCGGAAAUGGAAAUCUAAGUAGGUGCAUGCCUCUUGCAGGGACAAGCAAAGAGGUCUUCAGCUCAACGGUGUAUGGACCAACCUGUAAUUCGCUUGACAUUGUUCUGAAAGGCUACUGGCUACCGGAACUUGUGGUGGAUGAUUGGCUUAUAUUUCCCAACAUGGGUGCGUAUUCAUCAGCUUUUAAGUCCAGCUUCAAUGGCUUCAAUACAUCUCUCUUUUCAACCUACGUUGUCACUGAUGCUGGAUCUUUCUCUUCCACCGAGUAGCUGUGCUUGAUAAGAAAAUAAGCUAUUAAAUCUAAAAUUCUAUUAAUUUCCUUCUUAUUCUUGUUCUAAUUCUGUGUGUUUUUCUUAAUCUGUUAAGUGGAGUGACUUAACAACUUUAUGAGUCGGUAUUUAUUGGUAUAUGUAAAUAAUAUGGUAUUCGAGUUU